AUGUUUUACAGUGCACUCGCUCAGGCUGCAUCGGUGUUGCUCGGUUUAUCCGCAACUGCAUUCGCUGACAGUAGUUUCCCAACUAUCGAUGUUGUCGGUAACAAGUUUUUCUACUCGAAUAACGGCUCUGAAUUCUACAUUAGAGGUAUUGCAUACCAGGCAGAUGUUUCCGGUCAGGACAAUGACAGUUUUGUUGAUCCAUUAGCCGAUGAAAGUUCUUGUCAGAGAGAUAUUCCAUAUCUCACCGAGUUAAACACCAACGUCAUUCGUGUUUACGCGUUGAACACCGAGAAGGACCACAGUGGCUGCAUGAAGUUGCUCAAGGAGAAUGAUAUUUACGUGAUUGCAGAUUUGGCAGAGCCUACUCUUUCCAUCAGCACUGAUGAUCCAGAGUGGAAUUUGGAGUUGUACGACAGGUACACCUCGGUUAUUGAUGAGCUCCAACAGUACGACAAUGUCUUGGGUUUCUUCGCUGGUAACGAGGUUGUCACCAACAAGACCAACAGUGAUUCCGCAGCAUUUGUCAAGGCCGCCAUCAGAGACAUGAAGUCUUACAUGAGCAAAGAGGGUUACAGAUCUAUUCCUAUUGGUUACGCAGCCAACGAUGAUGCAAACACUCGUGUGUACUCUGCCGAUUACUUUGCCUGCGGUGACUCCGAUGUCCGUGCUGACUUCUAUGGUAUCAACAUGUACGAAUGGUGUGGUGAAUCCUCAUUCUCGUCCUCCGGCUAUGAGUCCAGAACCGAGGAAUUCUCCAACUUGAGUAUUCCAGUCUUCUUCUCCGAGUACGGAUGUAACACGGUUCAGCCAAGAAAGUUCACCGAGAUUGCCACCUUGUUCUCCAGCGAGAUGACCGAUGUUUGGUCCGGUGGUAUUGUCUACAUGUACUUCCAGGAGACCAACAAUUACGGUUUGGUGUCUGUCGAUGGUGAUACCGUUUCUACCAUGGCUGACUUUAAGUAUUACUCCUCUGAGAUUAACAACGUUAGUCCAACUUCUGCUUCCGAGAGUGCUGCCUCUGCAAGUUCUCAGAGUAUGUCUUGCCCAGCUACCAAUGCCCACUGGAGUGCCAACCCAACUCUUCCACCAACUCCUAAGGAGGCUAUCUGCAACUGCAUGGCUGAGGCUAACUCCUGUGUUGUUGACAGCAGCGUUUCCUCCGAUGACUACGCUGACUUGUACUCAGUUGUUUGCGGUCUUGUUGACUGCAGCGGUAUUGAUGCCGACGGAAAGAAGGGUGAGUACGGUGCUUACUCAUUCUGCGAUAACAAGGACAAGCUCGACUUUGUUUUGAACUUGUACUACGAGAAGGAAGGCCAAGAGAGCUCUGCAUGCGACUUCUCUGGCUCCGCUAGUCUCAGAAGUGGCAGUACUGCUUCUUCUUGCAGCAGUGUGUUGUCUCAGGCUGGUUCAAGUGGCCUUGGUACUGUUUCUGCUUCUGUUGCCGACAACACGAAGUCUGGUUCUGGUAGUGCCUCAGCUACUGGUACUGACUCUGCCGCUGACUCGAGCUCUUCAUCCUCUUCAUCAUCCUCGAAGGCUGGUGCAAACACCCUUGCCCCAAGUGCUUAUGGAUUCUCAAUCACAAUGAGUGUUGGUACUCUCUUGUCACUCCUAUUUUUGUAA